AUAUCAUGUAUACCUGUCAUCUUAAUCCUAAUUUAAAAUGGAUCUGUGUUAGUUUUCACGAGUGCUUAUCUGUUUCUCCCUUUCUUGAGUUCAUUGUGUUUCAAUUCAGUGCUUCUGUGCAAAUAUACAUAUAUACAUACUUGGUUGUCUACAAAUUCAGUUGAACCACCAUAUUUUAGGCCACUGAAAUGAACUGGAUUCUGAUGAUACUCUUAAAGCCAGAGCCACUCUCAAGUUUACGUCACUUUAAUAGCGUCACUUGCUUGUAAUGCUUGUAAUAGCUGUCUCUGAUGCACCUUUUCAUCGAUCCUCUCUUUCAUUGCCACCAACCCUUCACGAAAACCUAGUCACUUUUGAACUCAUAGCCUUAUAAAACCUUAUUAUUCAUACACUCAUCAACCUCAUCACAUAAACAAAAACAACCUUAUCCUUCUCUCUAUCUCUCUUUCUAUUUCUCAUUACAUAUUACAUUUCUUGGUAUAUAAAGCCGAAAGGUAUCAAACUAUCAAAGUCCUCUCUUCAUUUUUUCAUCACUUUCUCACAAUGGCUAUGAGAAGCACCAUAUUUUUCUCUCCAAAUGGUGAUGAUUACAUUGGCGCUGAGAGUUGCAUGGACCUCCAAAACUCAAACGAUGUGCUUGUGGUUGAUAAUCACCAUGCAUCCCAAUCCAACCAAGCCAUAGCGAAGCGCAACAUGCAGCCAAAGAAAGAGAAAAAACCGUUCCCUCCUCCUAUACCAUUACUAGUUAGAACUCAAAACCUGGCUUCACACAUGCCAUGGGUUUUAAAGAGGUACUACACGAGCGAGGGAAGGUUGAUUCUCAAAGAGGAGAAGGUGAGGCACCACGAGUACUUUCUGGCACACAGAGCCAAUGGUAGGCUCACAUUGCAACUAGUUAACGUUCCUCUUGAUGAUGAUGAUGACUAUGAUGAGGGCUUUCAAGAAGCAACACCAACUAGUCCUCAUGAAGAGGUUCAUAAUCAUAACGUUACUCAUGAUAGUAGUAGUAAUGAUAGGUUUGAAGAGGAAGAGAAUGUGGCUAGCGUUGUUGCUGAUGAUGUUUCUAUGGAACAUGAGAAUGAUGUGGUUGUAGCUGGUAGUGGUAGAGUGAAGAGUUUGAACUGCAAUAGAGUGAGUUCAAGUCCAACGUGUAUUUUUGGGGUGCCGAUGCAUCCCAUUAGAACGGUUCAUGGUUAAUGAUAAUUUUGGUCAUUUGUAGUUUUGGUGAAAUUUGAGACGUUAAUUAGAAAUGCAAGUUAAUUUUGUU